ACGCGGCGCCGUCGUCAUGGAAACGCGCACGCUCCCAGCGCCGGACUGCAACUCCCAGCGGCCCCCACCGCUUCCGGCUGGCAAGAUGGUGGCGCGCAGGGGGAAGCGUGGGGCGCGGGACUCAGAGCCGGGGAUUCCGAGCCCGCCGGGUUACUCAGCCAUCCCAAUCAAGUUCUCGGAAAAGCAGCAGGCUUCUCACUACCUCUAUGUGAGAGAGCACAGAGUUCGAGAAGGUACCAAGUCUUCCUGGCCUCAGAAGCGGACCCUUUUUGUCCUCAAUGUGCCCCCAUACUGCACAGAGGAGUGCCUGUCCCGCCUCUUCUCCCCCUGCGGCUCCAUCCAGUCCGUGGAGUUACAGGAGAAGCCAGACCUUGGUGACAGCCCAAAGGAGCCAAAGUCGAAGUAUUUUCACCCCACGCCUGUUCCGGGCUUCCAGGUAGCCUACGUGGUGUUCCAGAAGCCAGGUGGGGUGUCUGCUGCCUUAGUCCUGAAGGGCCCUUUACUGGUCUCAACAGAGAGUCACCCUGUGAAGAGUGGCAUUUGCAAGUGGAUCAGCAACUACGCAGACUCCGUGCCAGACCCUGAGGCCUUGCGGGUCGAAGUGGACACGUUCAUGGAGGCGUACGACAAGAGGAUAGCUGAGGAGGAGGCUCAGGCUGAGGAGGAGGAAGGGGUUCCGGACGAGGAGGGCUGGGUGAAGGUGACCCGCCGGGGCCGGCGGCCCGUGCUGCCGCGGACAGAGGCCGCUAGUCUGCGGGUGCUGGAGAAAGAAAGACGGAAGCGCGCCCGCAAGGAGCUGCUCAACUUCUACGCCUGGCAGCACCGAGAGACCAAGAUGGAACAUCUAGCCCAGCUGCGCAAGAAGUUCGAGGAAGACAAGCAGCGGAUUGAACUGAUGCGGGCACAGCGCAAGUUCCGACCCUACUGAGCCAGGCUGGCCCCGGGGCCCCGUGGAGGGGGGCAGGGAACGGUUUCGAUGCGCGGCCAGGGAGGACGUGAAGGCCUGGAACACUCAUCCCAGACUGUCCCGGCCAAGGGGCUGCCACAUCAAACCGCCCCCCUGCCCCGAUCUGAGCCCACACGGGUGAGGGGUAAGGACAGUGCCCUCCCUUGGUUCUGGUGCGCAGCGGUGCUGGGGCUGGUGCUGGGGCGGCCUGCACAGGGUGAGGGCGUGGCCUGCAGGGAGCCACUGGCCCAGGCCACGGUUGCUUCCUUCU